ACUCCUCCCUCCUCCCUCCACAUUCCCCCUCCAAUCUCGCUCAAACUCAACUCACAUCCUACAGCGGUCUACAAGGUUGAGCUUACUAUCUCCCUGCUAUUAGGCCAAGCAUAGCGAGAGAGCAGAGAGUCGUUUGUCCGGAUACACGUCCUUCAAGAAGGGAGACGAUCCGUAUCAUCCCUUACGCCCCAACGGGAUUUCAUUGAACGGGACAAUCAACCACACGACCUUCAAACCAUACCAUUACUACCAGCUCUGCCUGAAACACAGCUCGUCCUCCAGCACCGUCCCUAUUUGGUAGCGCAUACAGCUGCUAUUGGUGAACCGCACCUCAUCACAAAGCUCCUCAUACCACCCGGCCCCUUCAUACACCAACGACUCUCAUAACCCUUUACUGAGAGUCUCCCUCCGAGAUGAGUAUCAACGACACCUCCACCCCUGCCUCUGCCUCUGCCUCGGCAUCAGCCACCCCCGUUCCCGUCCUAGCCCCCGCGCCGACUCCGAUUACGAUCACUAUCCCUGCGAGCGCUACCGCCCCUCGUUCAACCAAGCGUUCGCCUCGCGGGAAAGACACUAUGAAUGGAGGGGGGGAUGUGGAGAUGGAUGAAGGCGUUGAGAAUGGCACCUCCCAUGGACACGUCAACGGGAAUGGGGAUGAUGUAGUCAUGUCGACUGAUAGUCCUACGCGUGCUAGCAAGUCGCAUACCACUGCUGCUGUGGCUGCUGGGCAGAGUCGGCCGGCGACGCCGGUGAUGAAUGGAUCUGCUGGGGCUGGGGAUGUCGGUGGAAGUGGGAGUGGAGGUGGGGGUGGGAGUGUGGGGAGGAGUGGGAGGAAAAGGAAAGUCGCUGAAGAGACACCCAACGCCAAAUCAACGAGGUCUACAAGAAGUCGACUGCAUACCCCCUCAGUCCACGCUUCACCCGCAUCUACAUCGCAGCACCGUGCCCCACCCCCUCCCCAGCCCGAUGUGGGACAGCCCACGAGGGAUGAUACCCUCCUCCCCGACCCUUCAACGGCGAACAACAGCAACAACCCCUCCUCCAAAGCUCCUUCCCCUGCCCCUCUCUCUGAGACCGACCCCACCCCUGCCCCUGCCCCUGCCACCGGCGCAGGAGGGUUGAACGCGGAGACAGACCCCAUCCGGCUGGAAGCCGCCGCAGGCUACGAAUCCCGCCUCCGCGCGCGCGUGCCCGGUGGCGGUGGGGGUACCGCCAAGAAGGACGGGGCGGGGCACAAGAUUGGGGUGAGUGCGAGUGGGAGGGAUGUGAGGAUUGGGGGGAGCGCGAGGCAGGCUGCGACGGCGUUGAAGAAGGAUAAGGGGAAGGGGAAGGGGGAUGUUGUCCAGCCGAAUCAGGAUUUCUGUUCGGCGUGUCGAGGUAUAGGCAGGUUUUUGUGCUGCGAUGGGUGUCCGAGGUCGUUCCAUUUCAUGUGCCUCGAACCGCCUUUGAGGCUGGACGAGUUGCCAGAGGAAGAAAGGUGGCUUUGCAAACACUGUCGUUCUGAAAACGCAAAGGAAGAAAACCCCACAUCGACAAAGCAGAAGGAUCUUCCAGCUAUCCCAUCGGUGUUUAGAGCGCUGAGCGACAAGAUUGAAGAAGAGAACCCGGAACAGUUUAGGUUGCCGACGGAGGUACGCAAGUUCUUUGCUGGGGUCAGUACGGGCGCGGAGGGGGAGUAUGUGGAUGCGAAAUCUGGGCGAGCGAAGAUUGAUCGAAAAGGAUUCCUCGAAGACCGCGACCCAUUCCGCCUCCGCGACGGCCGCCAGAAAAAAGUCGCAUGCUAUCAGUGCGGCGGCUCCUCCCUCCCCAAACAUUCCGUCCUCACCGACCCGGAAGCGACGUGGCGACAGAUCAUUAGCUGUGAUUAUUGUCCGAGCAGCUGGCAUUUGGAUUGUCUCAGUCCGCCGCCUAGUAUCAUGCCGAGUGCGGGGAGGAAGUGGAUGUGCCCGAAUCAUCCGGAGCAUGUUAUGCCAAAGAGACGGACGCUCAACGAAGGUCUGGAGAUUAUCGACAUUUCCAAACCUGGGCAACUCAACAACGGCAACAUCGAAAUCAUCGUGCCAGAGACGACCGCUAUCGGCAAAGACGGAAAACAAUUCGAGUUUGAGGACAUGGUCAUCAACCGAAAGAAGUUUAGGGUGCCAGAGAAGGUUGUCAAGUUGGACUUUUGGAACAAGAUUCAGCGUGGGAAGAGUAAGGAGAAGGGAAAGGGCAGGGAGGUGAAUAGGGAUGAGAUGGAGGUGGAUGAAGAUGAGGCGGAGCCGGAGAUGGACGACAUCAAUGCUGCGGCGAUGAUGAUGGCUCUCGCCUUUUCUCGACAUACCGCGCCGCCUGUCGCGGCAACGCGGUCCGACACUACAGUAGAGAAGGAGCGGGUUGCCGGUACAGCCGAACAGCCCAAUGAACAGGUUUCGGUGGCUCCAUCGCUGCCGGAGAGUGGAGCCGCGACGACCCAAGUUGCGAGCCCUGCUCCGUCUGCUUGAGUGACUGCUAUAGCAUCUUUAUCCAAUAGUCAAAUGAAAUCAAGAGAAAUGGAAAGCAUGUCAUUAUGUAUAAUACUGCAUA